GUCUUCUCUGCUUGAAGCGAACUUCGAGUGCCCGACCAAGACACGGUGUGCAUGCCACGUGGCAACCCUAACGUCCUACAGCCACACGCCAACACACCAGUUGUGAGGGGAGCGGAGUCGCGAUCUCGGCGAGAAGUGGGAGGUGAGAGAGCGAAUGUGCUGCGUUGCUUCAAGGGAGGUAAUGAAAGUUGAGAGCUGGCAUCUAUACCCGUUUGGAGUUCGUCACUGUGAGUCAGUUAUUUGCUCUCCUUACUGGUCAGCUAUGCUUCGCCGCUGAAGCUAGCUGCUACGUGAAGUGGUGCAGCUGCUUUGUGAGGUGGUGAGACUGCUACGUGACGUGGUACUUCUCCUGCGGUAUCUCGGCCAUCAGCGGCGUGAAAGUCGGUGCAUGUGGGGCCGAACCCAGUUGUACACGACGGGAAGGACUGGCGAUGGUGGCCGUUGAUCCAUCCAUGUACAACGUAAGAGAGAGGUGACCGGGCAUAGAUUUAGUGGCUGGAAAGAUAUGGCAGCACUUGCGAGAUGGAGCAGUGGCUGUUGUGGAUGGGCGUCGGGAAUGAGCGAUUAUUGUCUGUAGAUGGAAAGGUGUUCUGUACAGUUGAUCGACGGACGGAUGUUACUUUCUCUCCCUCACUCCCUGAAUGUGCGUGCGUUCCAUUGAGGUUGGCUCUUGUGUCUCUGUGGCCUGUUGUCCGACCAACUGGGUGAAUUAUGAACUGAUGGUUAUUACCAAGAACCGCACUGCAAACGACAACUCCUGUUUGUCUUUGAAGGAACAGUAGCAGCAAACACCCUCGUGUGUACAGCCAGACCUCCUCCUUUGAUUUGUCGAACACUCCCAUUAAGGCGUAGCAGGGUUUUGUCAUCCCAUACAGAAUCUGUGCAACUGCUUUUUGCUCCAUGGAUACCAGCGGCAGAACAAUAGUCGCUGAAAUUGGAGAGAGAGAACCAAGUUACGCUUCAGACCGGUCGCCGUUGCUGGGUCCAAAUCACUCUCACAGUGCUCUUCCGUCCUCCCCUACAAAUGAAACGUCAAAUUCACUUGUGUGCUCGAAUUGUCAAGUGACCACGUCUUCCCGGCUUGCCCCUUCAAUGGGGACCAGCAACCCAAGUACCCUUCCAGUCCGGGCCCCACCACCUAUCCCUUCCUCACCGGCAGUACCCGCACCCAUUCCCCGUGCAUCGAUUAACCAAGCAACCCCUGCACAACUGGCACACUCUGCGGACCCCGCUUUGUUGGGGUUGAUGUACUCGAACGUCGUCCUCGUGAUUGAACUUAUCAUAACCCUUGCCCAGAUAACUGCGUCGGUUGUCGUGUUAGCUAUCUCAUGGGAUACCACACGAAAAUCGCCCUUGGAUGGGUGGAUCAUCGGGUACACGGUUGGUUGUGUGGCGACUUUGCCACUCCUGUAUUGGCGUUACAGACACAGAUAUGUUAGGCAACCUGAGCAGCCUGUGGACAGCCUUGUCUCCUUCUCCCGUGUUUCUCUAUCACCGUCGGCGGUCACGAGCACAUCUUCAGGUAUUUUGCACUCAGGUGUGAGUACGUCUGCCAACAAUGAUGGCGUUGGAGAUGGGUCAUCACGCAAUCUGUCUUCUGCUAGCGGUAGAAGCGCCUCGGGAGGAGCUUCUUCAAGGAUUGACGACUCGAGGUUUCGCAGAGCAGUUGGGGCCUCAGGAGGGGUGCCAUCCCUGGAAACUGUAAUUGCGAUGGAUGGAAGGCAAAGGGUUGUCUUCUCCCGUCUUCACGAUGAUACCAGGCUGGUACUUCUGGUCGAAAGGUUCAAGAUUCUUUUGGAUGGCUUCUUUGCAGUCUGGUUUGUUGUGGGAAAUGUCUGGAUGUUUGGAAGUAGCCACGAAAGUGGCCAUGCCGACAGUGUCUACUGGCUUUGUUUAGUAUUUCUUGUUUUCAGCUUUAUAGGGUAUGCCAUGCCUUUCAUUUUGUGCGCGACGAUCUGCUGCUGUCUUCCUUGCAUCAUAGCCCUAAUGGGAUAUACGGAGGAACCAAUGGCCGGCAAAGGUGCCGCGCAAGAGACCAUCACACGGCUUCCAAUUUACAAAUUCCACUCCAGCGCUCCCGACCCCGAGGAGGUGCCUAUUUUAAGGACCAGUGGCCAGCAGGGUAGAGGUGCCGGGCGUGGUGAAACGGGGGAUAUUGAAGCCGGCAAGGAUAGUGACUCUGACAAUGAGAGUGUUCCCAUAACUGGUGGCUUCCUCGUUGACAGCUCGGCCAAGAAGCCGGUCUCUGCGGAGGAUGCAAUGUGUUGCAUCUGCUUGGGGAGGUACACGGAGGGAGUGGAGUUACGAUUGCUGCCAUGCGAGCACCAUUUCCAUGUGCCGUGUGUCGACACGUGGUUGAAGAUCAACGCUAUAUGCCCUCUCUGCAAGAAAGAGAUCGUUUCACAGGACACGCCAACUGCUAGCUCAGCAGAAUCCCCACAGGGUUCUGGUGCCAUCAGAGCACCCAACGCCAGCGGCGAACCGCAUUCCGGUACCCCACAGGCUGCAGCGCCCGGAACCGACAAUAGAUGGAACUCCGACGAUCCUCCACCGCCCGCAGGGAGAGAUAUGCUUGAUAUAGUGUAAAGAAUGGAGAAGGGAGGUGAUGUUAUGAGAUGAUGAUGUCUCUUAUUUAAGUCUGUUGAUUCCUCUUAACCAUUGGAUUUGGAAUUGCACAGGUACUACGAAAGGGUAGUCAUUCAGUUGCAGGUUUCCGAUGCUGGGAUUUCCAGACAAAGAGAAGGUAAAUUGUCAAAGACCGAUUUGACAGAUUGUUCUAUCCACAACUCAGAUCAUAUUUCCUCAUUGUGAAUGGUUGAUGGUAGGGAAAAGGAAAUUCACAGCCUGGGCAUUCUUCUCCUGUAGAAUUUCUGCCACAUGGCAGUUGUGUAUUCGCUUGUGAGUAUUUUUUUGGGGACGAAAUGGGCACGGCAAAGAGAAGGGCAGGGGUGUGAGGGGUUAUGUACGCAUCAUGUGUUACUCAUACCCGUGUUUCUGUUUGUGAGAUCCGCAGCGGAGAAGGCAUGCUCUGCUCGCGAAGGCGCGAGGUUGGGAAACAAGCCUUGUCAGUUAGGCGAUACUCAGUGGGGCGUAUUUGAAAUGCAUCUGGGCUUCUAAGGCUCAGAUACAUCUAGGAAAGGCCAAUUGUGAGUAUGCCCUUAGAGUGUAUCGUCAGAUUGCAGCGGAGUCCCCUGACGUUGUUUAUGCGAUAGAGGGGUGCAGACAGCAAUCUCACGUCAAUGACGUCGAUGACGAUGGCGAUGAUGACGAUGAUGAUGAUGAUGACAACGAUGAUGAUGAAUUGUGGAGGGCACUUUCACGUUACUCGGUCCUUAGAAGAGGGACCGGUUUAGAGGAGGCUACUCGCCUUCAAUGUGCCUCAACGCGUUUAGAGGCUUUCGUGGGAAAUACAAGGUUACCAGAAGAUGAAGAGAAGGCACAAUAAUAAUCGUUGGCGAGGUCCACGCAUAGGUACCCCUCUCUGCCUCUUAACCUAUUGGAUCACUAUCUAUUCCUGUUUCUUUCCCUCUUCUAACCUUCACACCCUUUCUGCUGAGCUGCUACCAUUCCUUUUCAAUCGCUUGCUCUAUCCGGCUCGUCCUCCCGUCUAUUUCCAUGGUGUGUGCUUCUGAGUGCAUGUACCUCUGCUACUCAAUUGUGAUGCUUCUUCUUGUAUCUGCUCCCUUAACCGUCCCUGGAGAGGCAGUUUGCAUGCGCCCAGUUUUCUUCCUAUUCCAACAACAAACCCAUC